AUGCAUUUUCUUUGUUGUCAAAAAAUUGACGAUAACGACGAUUUAUUAUCACUUGAUCAGAUAUCAAAAGAAACAGUUACCUCGUUAGUAUCAAACGGACCACCGCUCGUCAAAAGCCCACAAGAUGCAGCCGAAAUCCUUUUCAAUCCACCAAAACAUCAUUUACGAUCGCGUGUCUCGUACGAAAUUCUUGAUCGUGAAGUCACCGAAAACGAUUUGAACAUAGCUGCUGAAUAUGGUCGUUUCCCCUAUCGACCAAGUGAAUUAUUUCUUAAAUUAUUUCACAACGUUCUAUGUACUUUAAGACGAAAUCCGUUAGCGGGAUGUGUGUCUCCCAGUUUAACUGGUACGUCUGGCGUGAUACCCUUAACAAUUAUUUCAACAAUUCCGGAUAUUAUGCAACAUUAUUAUCAUUGUAUAAUUCAUGCACAGAAAGAAGUUCUUCUGGCAACGAAUUUCUGGGAAAAGAGUGCAAGUGUUAAUGUUAUUGGGAAAGCUCUACGAGAAUUGAGUAAACGCGCUGGAAACGAUAAUCGAUAUGUUAUUGUUAAACUAAUGAUUGAUCAUCCAACAAAGGAGAAUAUCACAAAAGCCCAUCAUAUUCUUCCGCCGAAUAAAUGGUCGCAUUAUGAUAUUCCAUCUCCAGAAGAAAUACCCAAUAUUUCAUUACAAGUCAAUAACUAUCAUCGAAUUGUGAUGGGUACAUUUCAUGCUAAGUUUAUGAUCGUUGAUCGUCGUAUUGCUUUGCUGAAUAGUAAUAAUAUCCAAGAUCGGCCAAAUCUUGAAAUGAUGUCCCAUUUUGAAGGUGAUAUUGUCAAUUCAUUUUAUGAUACAUUUUUGAUAUCAUGGUGGGUACCGUUCGAUCCAAACAUUGUUUGUUUAAAUGAUCCAGCACGUGUCAAAAUUCAAUAUCGAUUUGGAAUGAAUAAUGUAAAAAUUCUAUCAGUCAGACAGCCAUUACGACAAGCAAUUGCUCGAGCACGUUUGAGACUUCAAUCUCAUCUAGAAGGUGAAGAAUCGGAUGUUUAUCUCCAUGCGCCUUUGGCAUGUGAAGACGAUGAGAGCGUUUCAAGCUCAGCUGACAGAAAGCCAAGCGGCACUGGGUUUUCUCACGUUGCGGUCAAGGCACUUGUUAAUCAUCGACAAGAACAUUCACCUGGAGUUCUUGUUAAAGCAACCAAUGAUCUCAUUGGUGCUGUCGUCGGUUAUGAUUUGAAUCCUCGUUCCGAAUCUCCAUUAACUCUUCAUUUGAAUAAAUCGUCGAAAUCAGCACAUGAAACCAAAUCCGAUGAAAAUUUAUCGAAUGAAGAAUUAGAUAGUCUAACAUUUGAUUUUAGUCCGUUUGUCUUUCAUCAAGAACAUAAAGCAAUACCUAUCGCUUUGGUGAAUCGUGCGCCAUAUGGUACACCAGGUCAUGUCGACACAGCAAAUCCCCAGGAUGCUGCCUGGAUGGGCGCAUUUCGUUAUGCGAAAAAAUCGAUUUUUAUACAAUCGCCGACUUUAAAUGCAUCUCCAGCUAUUGAUGGAAUUCUCUAUGCUUGUCGACGUGGUAUUGUCGUUACAUUAUGGCUCGAUUUAGGUUUUAAUGACUUAACUGAAGGUUUUGGUACAUUCCAAGGAGGAACAAAUGAACAUGUUAUUAAAAAAAUCUAUCGAAAAUUACAAGAGAGCAAUGACGGCGCUGAUAAAUAUCUUCGUGUUUAUUGGUACACUGGGAAAGAUCAAACUCGUCCUUUGAAUUUUUCUCAAAAGAAACGUAAUUGUCACAUCAAAUUCAUGUCAAUCGACGAUCAGGUGGCUAUUAUGGGCAAUGGAAAUAUGGACACUCAAUCUUGGUUUCAUUCUCAAGAAAUCAAUGCAAUGAUUGAUUCGUCGGUGAUAGUCAAAGAAUGGAUGGAUGCACUGCAUAAAAAUCAAUCGACACAUGAAUAUGGUCGAGUCGGUAUAGACGGCAUAUGGCGAGAUGAUAAAGGCGAUUUAAACCCAAACAAUGGCAAAUAA